UAGAGCAUUUGUGUGGAUAUUAGACGUGAUUUUUGAUCAAAUCUAAUUCCUUUUCCUUAAAGACAAAGCUGAGCUUGAAAUGAUGAAAUCCUAUUUAUCCACAAUAAAGGAAAGAAAGCUUAAAGUGCUUUAGAAAGGUGAAACAAGACAUUUAUGACAUCAGGAGAAAAAACACAUGCCAAUAAUCAAGUCCUAGUUAAUAAAUGAUGUCUGAAAUAAGCUCAAAUACCUAAUUAAUCCACAGUUAGGUCCUAAUUCUGCAAUAUUUGACAAACAUUAGGGUUUUAGGUUGACAAAUGUUUGACAUUUUUCAACUUUACGACAAUAAAUAAAUCUCUGUCGUCCAACUAUAGAAGCUAGGAUGCAUGAUACUGGAUUUAUGCAGACAUCCUUGUUAUAUGAAAUUCAUUUCAGCCUAUUUGGUGUUAAUUUUUUAAAGUAAAGAUCACUGUGCUUAAAUUGACAUGCAUUAAUUUUUUUUCUAAUUAAAUAGCUGGUUUGCAGGGUUGUUCUCCAAGAAUAUCAUAAGAAAAUCUGUAAAAUACAAUAAAAAACACAUUCUUCUCUAGUGCAAAAGUCAAAAUAGCUGUAGUUCAGACCUAACAUUUCAGGUCCUAAACAACACCUUAAGAAUGAGGAAAAUAAAGAAAAAACCUCAUCUGUUGUAGGUCCAUUGUUUCUGCUUUGCUCUGCUUUGCACUUGCAACCUUUGCACAUUUCUGCUGAUGUGCAUGGCUGAUACUUUAGCUGUAAAUAUCAGCAGACAUUUGCUGCCAAUACAGUAACUUCUUGAGCUAUUUUCUGCUGAUUAGAUAUGCAGUAUUAUUGGUGUGAAAUCGGCUUGGCAGAUACUAACAUUUCUGCUAGUAUUUACAUGUUGGCUGUAAAUAUUGGCCAUAUGUAUGAAGAUAAGUGAUAAUUUUAAGCCAGGACCAACAGACCUACACCAGCUGAAGUAUUUUUUUGGUUUACCCUUAUUUUUAACACCAGACAUACCCUACAUACACCCUACAUACCUAAAACAGCCAGCAGGUAAAAUUUACUCAUUUUUAGAGUACAUUGGUUUUCAGUAAUAGCACUGAUUAAGAGCUAUAAUUUAACUACAGACAAUGAACAGUACAUUAACCACAGAAAGAGAGAUAGCUCACUAGUGGAUGAUGAUCCAUCACAUCCACAAUUAUCAUGAAAAACUGCUCGCUCAGUCCUGAAACUUCCCCAACAUCGGAUUCUUCUUCGCUUAAAGCAGUGUUUCCAAACUAUUUUUCCUUGUACCCAAGAAAAGUGGAGCCCCCCCAGGACCAAAGAGAGAAGAAAAAGUGACACACUGCCAUAAAAAAUCAGCAUAGAUUUUAAAUGUUUCACUGAUAAAACCCUAAAAAAGGCACAGUCAUGCAUUUCUUAUCUUAAGACCUUUGUAUUAACUACUUAAGUUAACAACUGCUUUAUCAUGGUUUUAGUCAAUAUCUGCAAAUCUAAUUUUGGCAGCCUCAGAGCAGACAAAGCCUCGUCCCCCCCGAGAUCAUUGGUGCCCCCUCUGGGGGGGUCCUGGACCCCAGGUUGGAAACAAUUUUCUAGGGCUAAUGACUAUAAAAAAGUAUGUAACUGUGCUUAUUUUGACUCAUUGCAAUAAGAAUUGUUGUAUUGGGAGGAACGAUUAUUUUUAUGCCGUUCUCACUUUGUAAAUUAAAAAAAAAAACAUGAGGAAAGUAGGAUUUCUUUUUUGCAAAGUAAUAUAAAGCAGUGGCAAUUUUAUGUUUGCAUAACAUCUCUGCUGCAAAAAUGUUUUAAAUUGUUUUUUUUGCAUGUUUCAGGUUCAAGAAAUAUUGCACUAUCUGCAAUCUGAAAAUUGCCAUAGGCCAUAUUGCAAUUGAAUACUUUUGAUUAAUUGCUCAGAGUUUUGCCAUUCUUGCCCUGAUAGUUUUAAACAGUCCUGAUCUACCAAUAAAUACGCCUGUUUUGGCGCCUUGGGAAAAAUAGAAGUCCCAGGCACCAAUUAACAGAUUAUUUCUUAUUUAUUGGUACCGAAACCUGCAAACAAACUCCCCAUUUUAUAAAAACGUACCCAAAAGUUGCCAGUGCAUUUGUAUAUUUUGCUCGGUGUGAUUCCUUUAUUGAUUUGCCAGCUGUUUCUAAGAGACGCAGGCAUUUGCAUCUUUAUUUAACUACAGCUGAUGCUGAACAUCAGAGUUUGCAGCCCUUUUUAUUUGUAUUGCAGCACUCUCUCUGUCUUUGCAACGUUUUUGAGCCAUGAUUUAUAAAAGAAAACACUCUUUGUUUUGUGUAGUACUGACAAAAAAUAAGUUACAAAGUGCUGUGCUGACAACAGAAGUCAUAAUUAGGAAAAAUACACAAAUCAAUGAGUUGUAAAGGAAAUAAGCAGGUAAAUAAAACUGUUUAACAUAGAUAUCAAUUGUAAAAAUGUGGUAAAGAAUUGCACGGCGGUGUCACCAUGCUUUAGUUGGUGUUAUCAUACAUUUGCAUGAGCACGCAGGUGUCAUUGUGCACCCCUGCUCUCGGUUUCAAGCUGGCGGUGAUCCUUUUUUGGUGACAUUUAUGCACUAAAAUGUGCAGCCCUAAGCUUGCAACCAUAAAAUAAUGAUUCAGCAAACAUGUAUGCAAACGGUGAACAUGACUAUUUUUAAAGAACUCUAAAUGUCAAUAAACUCUGAUUUGUUUACAGUCAACUCUUAAGCAUGGCCUAAGUGUAAAACCUCCAACAGCUCCACCCACAGGUGAUUCCCCGGCUCGCUGCGUGUUCAUACCAGGUUUGCAUUCUGACCUGCAAGCCAAUGUAAGUCGUGUUGAGUGACUGCGUGUGAAAGGUAUUCAAGCCCAGUUCAUUUUAUUCUUUAACCUCUCAAGAUCACAGAUGGGCUGUAAAGGGCUGAUUCGGUGUCGGGAUUGUAUUUUUGUGCUGUCUCCUGGUAAGUUCUCAGUUAUUAAACAUGGACCAGUAAAGGAGAAGAGGGGGAAGUUGCGCCUCUUGUUUGGUUGCAGCACAAAAAUGCAUUCUUGACUCGGCUUGCAUGGAGGAUAACAUCUGCACUCAUGAGGGCUUUUUUCUGUGAGGAUCUCGGGUACUGCUGGGGUUUGCUUUGUUUUCAGGUACUGCUGCUGGGCUGUAGAGUUUGCAUGUGGAAUAUUGUGGAAUAUCUUUAUGGAUUUUCUCUUCAUUACGGCUUAUUCCUGUUUUUUAUUUCCUAUUACUUUACAUACUCAGUUCUGUUAAUGAUGUGAAAGAUAUUUCAAAAAAUAUUUCCAGAAUCACUCUGUAAAAAAUCGGAUUGAUUUCUUGAGUAAAAAUGCAACUCUCUAGAUUUAGUGGUCCUUUUGGAGGAUUUGCUGCUUUUAUUUUCUUUGCUUUCUGCAAAAACUUUGGUGGUUAGCGCCGCUUGAUUAUGGCAAAAUCCUAAUCAUGAUUAUUUUAAUUUAUACUGAUUAUUAAACAUGAUUAUUACUUAAUGAUUUUACAGCAUGCAUUUCUCAAACUUCAAGACUUUUAAGACUUCAACAUGCAAUAAAUACAAUGAAUAAGCCUAAAACAUAAUAGCGUUUAAAAUUAUAUGAAUCAAAUACUGUUUUGAGGUGGUGUGGUGAGGUAAAAAUUGGUUUGCAGAAUGCAGUUACUUGACUUUUGUCUGCAAAAUACAUUCAUUAUUGGCCUUUAAUUGGAUGGAAACUAUUUACCAAGGAACAUCCCUAUUCUGUAAUGAUUUUAAGCCCACAAAACAUAACUUCACAUCAUCAGAACUGAUCUGGUGAGCACAUUUGUGGAAGUGCACAUGGCGGGAGAGAAGAGAGACUUCUUACCGUUACACCAACAGGGACUGUAAUGACAUUGCAUUCAAAUACACAUACAUUAAUAUGGAGUUGUCCCCCUUCUGCAGCUCUAACAGCCUCCACUCUACUUGGAAGGCUUUCCACAAGACUGGAGUCUUUCUGUAGGAAUAUGUGCCCAUUCAUUCUGUAGCGCAUUUUUAAGGUCAGGCACUGAUCCUAGACAACAAGGCCUGGCUUACAAUUUCCGUUCCAGUUCAUCCCAAAGGAGCUCGAUGGGGUCGAGGGCAGGGGUCUGUGUGGACAAGUCCAUAACAAACUCAUCAAACCAUGUCGUUCUAGUCCUUGAUUUGUGCACUGGUCAUGUUGUGCACAGUCAUGUUGAAAUAGAAAAGGGCCGUCCCCAAACUGUUGCUACACAGUUGGAAGCUUAGCAUUGUCCAAAAUGUCCAAUCGACCUUCACUGGAGAUAAGGGGCCUUGCCCAAACUCUGAUAAACAGCCCCAUACCAUUACCUCUCUUCCACCAACCUCCACAGUUGGCACAGUGCAGUCAGACAGGCAACGUUCUCUUCGCAUCUGCCAAACCCAGACUCGUCCAUGUGACUUCUAAACAGAGAACCGUGUUUCAUCACUCCACAGAACAGGUUACCACUGCUCCACACUCCAGUGUUGGUGUGCUUUACACCACUCCAUUGGCGAUGUGAAGUUAACUUGCAGCUGCUCAGCCAUGAAAACCCAUUAAUGAAGCUCCUGUUGCACAGUUUUUGUGCUUACAUUAAUGCCAGUGGAAGUUCAGAACUCUCCAGCUAUGGAAUGAGCAGUGUUGGUGACUUUUGUGCACCAUAGCAAUCAUUGAUGAAGCUCUGUGAUUUUACAAAGUUGCCAUAUUUCCUAAACGCUUCCACUUUCUAAUAAUAUCCCUAACAGUUGACUGUGGAAUAUCCAUAUUGCAAACGUUUGCAAAUGGAGACCGAAUGGGUCUGAUUGAAACACCUGAAUGCAAUAAUCAACAGGUGUGGCCAAAUACUUUUGUCCAUAUAGUGUAACUCAGAUAACCAGUGAAGUACUGGUUACUUUGGUAAGCGUCAAGUGUCUUUAUUGUGUUUUUUAAACUCCUUAAAAGAGGAAUUUUGUGAAAGGAUUGAAUGAAAUGAGUGUAGGCGCUGUGCACCACUGCUGGUGCUUGGUCCAACCUGCUGCCUGUGUAAUGUUAUUUUUAAUCAUGUGGCAGUGAGACCAUUUAGCACAGGAAAGUUUAGCGGUAUUGGCAUCUGAAUAUCACCCAGUUCUAGUCAGGGAUAUAAGUAUACCAUCCUAUGCAAAAAAAAGGAUAUUUUACAUUGAUUUGACUAAAAUAAUUUAUAUAUUUUAAUACUUUUUAAACCAGCAGAGGGAGCUUUCUGCUUUUGACCUUAAAUAAUCAAAGCCAGCGCCACUUUGUUACUUAAAUGUGAUAUUUAUCCAUCCAGCAGUCUUCAGUUAAAACACAAAAAAGCAGAAGUGCUGAAAAAAGUAGCAAAUCCUCAUUUUUAGCAGCUGUUAUGGUAGUAAAUGAUUAAAAAAUUAUAAAAAUAGCAAUCUCAAAUUUUAACUGCACAAGUAAUUUCUUCCAAAUACUCCAUGAAUUAAUAUGUUUAUAUUUGUGUUUGUUCUUUCAGGGACCAUCACCAUCCUCAUGUCCUAUGGAGGAGGCUUUCACGGACGCACUGAGCGUGACCGCCAGGCGCCGCACUAUGACCAGGUCCCUCAGGGCUCGCUACCCCGGGACUCCUACAACCUUCAGCCACUGAGGGAGCACAGAGCGUCUCCCUUCGCCCACAGCGCUGACCCCUUACCUCCCCCGCCCCUGCCCGACCAGCCUCCUGUGGGGCCCGAGUUCGACCCCAGCGGCAGCGAGUCCAACGCCGACGCAGACCCCGAACCUGACCCGGCCCUCGACAUCAAACCCGUGCACCGCUUCAUCCCAGACUCCUGGAAGAACUUCUUCAGAGGGAGCAACCGCAGCAGCAACAAGCCCUGGCCCAUGUCGGCCUCCUCGUACAACAACAACAACAGUACCAGCGAGGGGGUCCGCUGCUCGCCGCCACACUCGCCGUCUGUCCCUGGAUCGUACCGGGAUCCUUAUGGCGGCUCAGGCGGCAGCUACAACUCACAAAAAGAGCUUCUGGAGCAACCGGACGCACACGAGUCGGUAUCAGGACAAACUUAUCGCACUGGUCUGACGUACACCGAGCGGGUGGAGGAGUACCAUCAGCGCUACGGCUACAUGAAGUCGUGGGCGGGGCUGCUGAGGAUUCUAGGCUGCGUGGAGCUCCUGCUGGGAGCCGCCGUGUUCGCCUGCGUCUGCGCGUACAUCCACAAAGAUAAUGAGUGGUUUAACAUGUUCGGAUACUCGUCUCCUGGAGGAGCAUAUGGGGGAGGGUUCUACGGAGCGGGAACAGGAGGGACGUACUACACGGGACCAAAGACGCCGUUUGUGUUGGUGGUGGCGGGGCUCGCCUGGUUGGUGACUGUGAUUGUGUUGGUGCUGGGGAUGACCAUGUACUACCGCACCAUCCUGCUCGACUCUUCCUGGUGGCCGCUGACGGAGUUUACAAUAAACCUGGCGCUGGCGGUGCUCUACAUGGCGGCAGGCAUUGUUUAUGUCCGGGACACGACCCGUGGAGGACUCUGCUCCUACCCGGUCUUUAACAACGGCAUCAACGGGGUGUUCUGCAGGACUGAGGCUGGCCAGACUGCAGCCAUCAUCUUCCUGUUUGUCACCAUGGUGGUGUAUCUGAUCGGAGCCAUCGUGUGCCUUAAGCUGUGGAGGCAUGAAUCUGCUCGUAGAUACCGGGAGAGAUACGGCCAGGAGAUGCAUCCCUCUGAGAUGAGAGCAGCAAGAACCCUGAUGGUUCCAGAUUCAAAUCAUGCACCCAGAGCUCCUGAACAGGUCCAGGGCUCCUCAGUGGUCCCCAUCCAUGCCGCUCCUAAAGAUGUUCCACCAAAAGUCCUGCAGGGAACUAUACCAUCAGGACACAUCCCCAAACCUGUGAUACUACCAGACUACAUCACGAAAUACCCAACGAUCCGGUCUGUAGAUCAGCGGGAUCAGUACCGAGCCGUGUUCAACGACCAGUACGCAGAGUACAAAGAGAUCCAUGCAGACGUGCAGGCGACGAUGAAGAAGUUUGAGGAGAUGGACGCCAUGAUGCGCAGUCUGCCACAGCACCCAUCCAGCCAGAUGGAGAUGGAUCGGAUAAACAGAAUCCUUCAGGAGUACCAGAGGAAGAAAAACGAUCCGACUUUCCUGGAGAAGAAGGAGCGCUGUGAGUACCUGAAGAACAAACUGUCACACAUCAAACAGAAAAUCCAAGAAUACGACAAAGUCAUGGAGUGGAAUGACGGGUACAGCUUGGUUACCUGUGAAAUGUCCUCCAGGCCAAACGGGAGUCCGCCUCCCUAUGAGUCAGAUGGAUAUAACAUCCCUCCCCAGCCAGCGUACUCUUACUACCCCGAUGACGAGUUCCAGCAUUUCUACCGCUGGGCGUCUCCGCCGGGCAUCCUCAAGAUCAUGGGCAUCAUUGUCAUCGUGCUCUGCGUGGCCAUAUUUGCUUGUGUCGCCUCCACUCUCGCCUGGGACACUCAGGGAGCUCUGGGCAGCUUCGGUGGUAUCGGGUACGGAGGAGGAGGCUACGCUGGGGGCACUUACGGAGGAGGCUACGGUGGUGGAGGCUACGGUGGCUCAUUUGGUGGCGCCGGGUACGGGCCGGGAAACAACUAUGGCUAUGGUGGACUUGGAGGGAACUACAAUGACCCCAGAAAAGGCAAAGGGUUCAUGAUCGCCAUGGCAGCCAUCACCUUCAUCGCAGCCCUCGCCAUAUUCAUCAUCCUCGUGUCUCAUUCGAGUCUAUCGGAGAGUCGCCGGUUCUACUUGGCCGUUAUUAUCAUCUGUGCUAUCCUAGCCCUGCUAAUGCUAAUAGCCACCAUAGUCUACUUGGUGGCGGUGAACCCCAUGGCUCAGUCGUCUGGAUCCGUCUAUGGGAACCAGAUCGCCGGUCUUUGUGCCCAGUACCAACAACCGCAAACUUCAGGAGUGUUCGUCAACCAGUAUCUUUACCACUACUGCGUCUUUGAGCCACAAGAGGCGAUCGCUGUGGUGUUCGGCUUCCUGGCCACCAUCGCUCUGAUCAUCAUGCUUGUGUUCGCUCUGAAGACUCGCCAGAAGAUCCAGAACUUUGGAAAGAGCAACAUUUUGUGGAAGAAGGUAAAGGUUGUGGACGAGCUUGAGCCGCCCCAGGAUGUAGAGGCAUGGGUGAACAAUGUGUCGGCCAACCCUGAACCGCUCCCGAUGUCCGACUACCCCGAGAAGCUGAGGGGCUCCAGGAGUUACCUGGAUGACGAGAGCACCAACUAUGACAAACCCCCGCACAGCUACACACCACCGCUUGCAGUAGAAGAUGUGCCUCUGCAGAACGGAGCUCCUUACAGCAGUAACUCAGAGGUGCCCAGCUCAGCAGGGAGGCCCAAAAAGAGACGGGCCGGUCGUCCUCGCCGCGCUGACGGACAGGACUACGACACCGACUACAACUCCUCAGGAGACGAGCUGGACGACGAUGACUUUGACAGGGAGUUUCCUCCGAUCAUGAACGAGCAGGAGAGAAACGACUACAAGCGCGAGUUUGACCGGGACCAUCAGGAGUACAAAGACUUGCAGGCCGAGCUGGACGACAUCAACAAGCGGCUUUCUGACGUGGACCGAGAGCUGGACGAGCUGCCGGAGGGAAGCCCGCAGUACCUGGAUGCCAUGGACGAGUACAACAGGAUAAAGAGCCUGAAGAGGUCUGCAGAUUACCAGAUGAAGAAGCGCAGGUGUAAGUAUCUGAAGGGCAAACUGAAUCACAUCAAGAAGAUGGUCAGCGACUUCGACCGCAGAGGCUGAACAACACGACGCCUGUCCAGGACGGGGCAGAACGGACUUGAAUUUAAUCUACCGCUGUUUGGGGAGGAUUUCUAAGGACAGCGAGCAGACAGGAGAUAGAGAGGCUACGACAGUCAUACAGUCUGUUUGAGCUGUUAGCUGGUGGAAUAUAACAACGUUUGUUAAUACUUUAAAUGCUCUGCAACAAAUCUUGUUUUGUAUUAUACCGCUGUUUGUAUGAUGAGUUUCAGCUGCCAUAGACUCUUAGCUGUAUUUAUUUUCUGCCUAAAGCGGUCACCACUGCUCGAUUUAACACAAUGAAACAUAAUCCAGGCUGUUUAAUAACUCUUCAGUCUUUUAAUUAACAUUUUUAUUAACCUGUAAAUAUUCUGGGACACUGUGAUUUCACUUGGACGUUUGUGUGUGAUUAUGGUGUUUUUUGUAUGUAUUAUUGAACAAACAGACACUUUUAUGCUUGUUUAAUGCAAAGUGAUGAACUUUUACAAUGUUUUUGUUGUAUUUUUUUGAUAAUGAAAUCUUUUAUUAAACAUUUUUCUUGUUGCUCUUA